CCCUCUCCGUGAGGCCCAUGUGAGAGGAAGAAAUGACGUGAAACUACAUGGCCCAGUAGGCUUUGCGGUCUACGAGGAAGUGUACUGCGUCGACCUUGGAUUUUGACGCGCUGCAACAUGGCGAGCAAGGAGCCGAAUCGCUUCCUCCAGCACCUAAGAGAUCUGGCUGGUCGGAUGUCUUCUGGUGGAAAAGGGGCAGGAUUAGGACUGAAACUGCUUAUCGGAGCUGGUGCAUUGGUUUAUGGUGUUAAAGAAGCCACCUACACAGUGGAGGGUGGUCACAGAGCCAUCAUCUUCAGUAGGAUUGGAGGGAUGCAGAUGGACACUGUCCUCGCUGAGGGACUACAUUUCAGGAUCCCAUGGUUUCAGUACCCUAUCAUCUAUGACAUUAGAGCUAAACCCAGGAAAAUCUCCUCUCUGACUGGUAGCAAAGAUCUGCAGAUGGUGAAUAUAGCAGUGCGGGUGUUGUCCAGACCCAUGGCGUCUAACUUGCCAGUCAUGUACCAACAGCUGGGGAAGGACUACGAUGAGAGAGUACUGCCUUCCAUUGUCAAUGAGGUCCUCAAGUCUGUGGUGGCAAAGUUUAAUGCCUCACAGCUCAUCACACAAAGAGCACAGGUGUCACUGCUGGUACGCAGGGAGCUGUUUGAGAGAGCCAAAGACUUUAACAUCAUUCUUGAUGAUGUGGCCAUUACCGAGCUGAGCUUCAGCAGCCAGUACACUGCUGCUGUGGAGGCCAAGCAAGUUGCCCAACAGGAGGCUCAGAGAGCACAGUUCUACGUGGAGAAAGCUAAGCAGGACCAGCGACAGAAGAUCAUCCAGGCUGAAGGAGAGGCAGAAGCUGCUAGAAUGCUGGGUCAAGCUGUGACUAAGAAUCCUGGCUACCUGAAGCUGAGGAGAAUCAGAGCAGCACAGAACAUUGCAAAGACGGUGGCGUCAUCUCAAAAUAAGGUGUACCUUAAUGCUGACAGUUUGGUCCUGAACCUACAAGACCAGACAUUUUUUAACAACUUGUCACUGGGCCAAAAGAAGUGAUGAAGAGGACAUGAACUGAGGCAGUACAGCUGUCGGUGUCAUCAACUUCAUAAAUAGUGUAGGUUUUUGCUUAAAAUUGAAAAUCAACUUACAUGACUCUGAACAAGUGUGACUGUGGACAAAGAAGAGAAAUGUAUUUUUGUUUGAAUUGUGUUUUCUACUUCUCGCACACACAUUUGUCAGUUAUCUGUAUUAUUUUUGUCAAUCAGUUACUUCAAAUCGAACAAAACUGCCGUUUCAACACCGUGUUGAAUAAAUAAGUAGCAGAUUUGUCACAGAUUGUAACAGACGUGUCACAGGUUUUUGCAUGGGCCCGAGGUGGUGAAAGAAUGAAUGCAACAGUAUUUUUGAAUACAUUUUGAAGACCAUUGCCCCCGUCAGAAGGAGCUGAAAGGUCCAAAGUGUUAAAGCAUGUGACAUCACUACAGCACCACACAGUCAUGCUCAAUGGCAGAUUUCACUCCUGUAUCCAGCUCCCAUAGUUAUCUCAAUUUGGCUGCCAGUCUUUUCUCUGGGUUCAACCAAUUAUCAGAUCCGAUAAUCAGCAUUUUUCCAAUUCUCGAUAUAGUUGUUUUUUAACUUAUGCUAAAAUAAGUUAAUAAGUUUAAAAAUUCACCACACUGGCUCUGGUGCAACCACUUCUCUCUAUCUGUGCUCACUCAAGCAGUUUCCCACCCACAACACUAUCUGAUUAAACAUCACAAGUGACAGCCAAUAAACAGUCAAGGUUAAAUUGUGUAAAAAUUCUUUUAGUUAAACAUGUAAAGCAUAAACAUUAAAAGAAAGUUUUGUGUUAGAGUAUGUGUUAUUCUAAAUUUUGACACCAAGAUUUUCAAUUUGAUCAGAGUGUACAUCUGUUCCAAAUAGCAGUUAUUGGUCUCUUAAUCGGCACCUGAAAAAGCUGUAUCAGUUGACCCCUACUCUGCAUACAUUUCAUCAAAAAAUGUUCUAGUCUCCCGCCAAAUAGUCCUCACAGUUAUAAAGGGAUGUUUGUCAGGGCUUCAUCUGUCCACCCAGGUGGAGCUGAUGAAAGAGAUGUUUGGUGACAUAUCUUUUAAUAAACUUUUAUUAUACAUACA